CUAACUACUUCUUCAUUGGCAAUUAAUGGCUUCUCUCAACUUUCACCCUCCUUCUUCAAUGCCUCCUUUUUGGUUGCCCAAUAUAUACUCCCAUCCCCACUACUAAUAACAAUAUCACCCUCUGACCACUCAUCCCUGCAACUUCUUCACUCAUUCUUGAAAGGAAAGAAAGAAAGAAAAGAAUGGGUUGUGGGCGGAGCUGGGUGGUCUUGGCCCUGAUUUGUGUGGCGGCGGUUGCCGUGGGUGGCGGUGCUCAGCCCCUCGUCCCGGCCAUCAUCAGCUUCGGAGACUCGUCUAUUGACGUGGGGAACAAUGACUACAUAAACACCUUCUUCAAGGCCAACUAUCCCCCCUAUGGUAGGGAUUUCACCAACCAUGAGCCCACUGGCAGGUUCUGCAAUGGAAAACUUGCCACUGAUAUUACAGCUGACACUCUGGGGUUCACUCAAUAUCCGGCGGCAUAUCUUAGCCCAAAGGCAACAGGGAAGAACCUUCUAAUCGGCGCUAACUUCGCCUCUGCUGGAUCUGGCUAUGAUGAUAAAACUGCACUGCUUAGUCAUGCAAUUCCACUGUCACAGCAGCUGCAGUAUUUCAAGGAGUACCAAAGCAAGCUAGCAAGUGUGGCUGGCAGUGCCAAAGCUUCAUCCAUCAUUAAGGAUGCUCUGUAUGUGGUGGGAGCUGGAAACAGUGACUUCUUGCAGAAUUACUAUAUCAACCCUUACAUCAACAAAAUCUACUCUCCCGACCAAUACGGGUCUUACCUUGUCGGCAUUUUCACCAACUUUGUCAAGGAUCUUUAUGGAUUGGGAGCCAGGAAAAUCGGUGUGACUUCUCUACCCCCAUUGGGAUGUCUUCCGGCAGCAAAAACCUUGUUUGGUUUUCAUCAGAGUGGGUGCGUCGAUUAUAUCAACACCAAUGCCCAAAAGUUCAACGGUAAAGUCAACGCAGCAGCAGCACAGCUUAAGAAGAGCCUCCCUGGCCUCAGGCUCGUUAUCUUUGACAUCUACAAGCCCCUUAACGAUCUAAUCAAAUCCCCUUCAAACUCCGGAUUUGCAGAAGCUGGGAGAGGGUGCUGUGGGACUGGAACGGUAGAGACCUCGGUGUUGUUGUGCAACUCUAAGUCGCUGGGAACUUGCAGCAAUGCAACUCAAUAUGUGUUUUGGGACAGUGUCCAUCCAUCUGAGGCUGCUAAUCAAGUCUUAGCAGACACAUUGAUCACCCAAGGGAUUGAACUCAUUGGAUGAAGCUUAUAUUCCCCCAUCUACAGUUUGCAUCGACUUAAAGUUACCACUGUACUCUCCUCUAUCUUCUAGUGCCUUGUUUAAAAGUUUAUGUUGGUUUGUUAUUCAUUUAAAAGAUUACAAGUUCGUCUCGCUAUAUAGACACAUGGAGUACUAUUUCGUCGUGAUAUGUAUCACUUUGUCCACUUUGAACUUCUUUUGAUAGUAAACUUAUGUUACAAAG